GCGGAGCCAGAACGUCUCCAUCUCCUCUCCGGUCCGGGUGUCUCUCGGCGACGCCGACAGACCGCGCGCGUGAUUCGUGCACUGUGCAGCUUGCACCCAGCACCGCGCCUGUCCAAUCCUAGGCAGGUCCGAUACGCUAUACAAUCUCUAUCUUUCUUCCUCUCUCAUCCAACAAAGGAGCGCACCGAGGAUAGAGAACGUUGAGGAUCCGCGUGGGAAACUCGGCCCCGCGAUUCGUCACGAUUUCUCUCGCAGUCCUCGCAGAUCGAGAGAGAUCGUUCGUCAAGGAACGAGGACGGGAAAUCGGGAAUGCGUGCCGCUCGCGAUUCGACGAACAACGCCGAGCGUGUCUCCCACGUUACUCCACAAUAAUCGUCGUCUCUUUCUCCCUCACCGUUUUUUCUCUCUCUUUCUUUCUCCUUUUCUCCUAUUACUCUCUAUCGCGGAGAUCGCGCGGCUCGCGAACGAUGGACGUGACAGUGCGAUAAGUUUGACGGCGACUCGAUCCCCCCCCGGAGAGAGUGCGAAUCUUCUCGUCGUCAUGACGCGUCUACGGGGCCGUGCGUCGCUGAUGGUCGUCGCAACGAUCAGCUUCAUCCUGCUGGUUGUCAUAUAUCACAUACUGAGCAACGAGAUCGACGAGAUGUCAUCGGGCAAGAUCGGCGCGCGUCUGAGAGCUGAGGAUGUGUAUCCACCAGGUGAACUCACGGCGGGCGGCCCUCAGGGCGCUGCCAGAAGGCAGCAAGUAGACGGGCAGAUGACGGGUGAUUUGAAGAAUGGUAGGAACAGACUGAUUAAUGAGUUAACUCACGAUAAAUCGUUUGCAGACGGUACUCCGCUGUUCAAAGGCCAUAAGAUCGUCCACCUAGAUCUAAAAGGUGCCCCGCCGAAGAUGAGCUAUUACAGCUAUCUGUUUCCAUUGCUGAGAAAGCUGGGUGCCACUGGAGUACUCGUAGAGUACGAGGACAUGUUCCCGUUUGCCGACAGUAUCGAGGACAUACACGCCGGCAACUCUUAUUACAGGAAGGACAUUGUGCAGAUUCAAAAUAUAGCCAGGGACAAUCAAUUAAUUAUCAUACCGUUGAUACAAACUUUCGGUCACAUGGAGUUUGUUCUCAAGUUAGACAAAUAUAAAGAUUUCAGAGAAGUUCCACGUUAUCCGCAAGUCUUGUGUCCUACGUACAAUAAGACAUUACCAUUGAUUUAUGAAAUGAUAAAUCAAGUUGUGUCUGCUCAUCCGACGUCAAAGUAUUUGCACAUAGGUGCGGACGAGGUUUAUCAGAUAGGGGAAUGCUCAAGGUGUUUAGACGUCAUGGCCAAGAGGCAGUGGAGCAAACGACAGUUGUUCCUGGAUCAUGUUUCUGCGGUGAUUAAAUAUAUAAAGGAGAAAUAUCCGGAACUAAUUGUACUUAUGUGGGACGACGAAUUCCGUGAUAUAUCGCCGCAGGAAAUUAUCGAUAGGGGCCUCCACUCGAUGGUGGAACCGGUUAUUUGGAAGUACACCACCGAUCCUGGCAUGACGCUAACGGAUCAGCUGUGGGAAAGUUACGCCACCGUGUGGAAGGAAGUCUGGGUCGCGACGGCGUUUAAAGGAGCCACUUCGCCGGACAGAUACUAUACAGACAUUUCGUAUCACAUGGAGAAUCAUCAGCGUUGGUUAGAAAUCAUUCAGAAGUAUUCGAGUCAAAUCACAUUCAAGGGCGUUAUGUUGACUGGAUGGCAGAGAUACGAUCACUUCAGUGUCCUUUGCGAAUUACUGCCAAUGGGAUUACCAUCUCUAGCCAUUAAUUUAGCUAUAUUACAAGCCGCAGAUGUAAACGCCUUUCCUGUAGAAUUACCCGAUCGUAUAUCCGAAGCUUUACAAUGCGAUGGUAUCGUCUCGUUGAGCAUACCAGAACCACAGUACGGCUGGACCAAAUGCAGCUUCCACGGAGUAUCGGUAUACGCGGCUAUUUUACGUCUUUACUCUCUGACACAAGAAAUAACGAAGAUGGAGCAAGAUAAUACCUACAAAGGAUGGUUAAAGUCGUACAACAUCAAAUAUUCUUUCGCCAGCCCUAGUUACGUCGAGCGUGCGGUUACUGAUUUGGAUAGAUAUAAAAUGGAAAUAAUAUAUAUCGAGAAAGAGAUGCGUACAGCCAUGGAAGAUAUUUACGACAAUUAUACGAUGCAGGAGUGGCUUGACACAUACAUCGCACCUGUAAACGAAAAGCUCAAUCGGUUAUGGGAAAUUAAGGAAAAACUUUUAGAGAGAAAUACGUGGCCAAAGAGACCUCUCACAAAAUCUGAUUUAUAGUAUAAAACGGCAUGCGCUUGGAAUAAGUAGGCGAAAAUAUUCAUGUUCUUUGUGGUAAUACGAAGAGACUGAAAAAUUUUAUUAAAAUAAUACGACAAAAAGAACGCGAAUUUUUUCGUGAAUAAUUGCGAAAAUUUCUUAGCAAUUAUUAUUUUUAAAAACAGCGUGGAUAAUCAGUGAAAUGUAAAAAUUUUGAACUCGUAAUUUUACAUCUCGAGCAAUCGUUGUACAGAACAUGUGAUAAUCUAUGUAAUUUAAUAAGAGAGGUAAUCAAAUCAUAAUUGCACCGUCCGUAAAUUAGUAAAUCUCGUUUAUCUCGACGGAAAUAAUUGCAUUAUUUAUAAUAUAGAAUAUAGACUAAUAAUAUUUCUUACUUAGGUCACAGUUUAGGAGAACUAUUUGUAUAUAAUUAUUCUUUUUCUUCCAACGCUCUGAGAAACAAAUCUUACACAAACAAAUUAUCAAUGUUUUGCGUGAUUUACAGAGAUAGACGGUGUAUAAAGUUAGAUAGCGUAAUCUAUUGAUAAAUAUAUUAAAACGAUACAAUAUAAUUUUGCAGCAUUAGAAUAAAUAAUUUAUUGUCAUUUAUUAAGAAGGCUAGAUCUCAAAUUAUUAUGUUUUUUAGAUUUUAAAAAUUAUACUAUAUUAUAUACAUAUAUAUACGUAACGCGUAUGCAUCUCUAUAUAACGUGGAUUAUGUAUGCAGUUAGUCUUUCCAAUCAUGUACGCACAGAAUGCUCUCUCUUUGUCUUCUGAUUAUAAAUGAAUUAUCUGCGAACAUCACAUUUCACUAAAUGUUUAUCGAAAAGAUAUUGGCAAUUUAAAUUUAUGUAUAUUGAUUUACGCGUAUUAACGGCAGUAUCUGCCGCUUUAGUAUAAGCAGAAAAUCGUGCCAUAAACAGAUGAUUGCAAUGUUAUGCCCCAAUUAGAUAAAUUUUUCAAGGUUAAAAGAUUAUUGUACAUGUGCUUGAAUUGAAGGUUUUUUAUAAAAGAGAUAGCAAAUGAGAAGAGAAUGUUUUCAAUUUAAAAAUAUUUACAUCUAUGGCACUGUGUAAGAAAAUCAUAAGUGCUUCUAAUAAUAAUUGUUUGUAAUAUAUAAAAAGAUAAUACGGAGUAUCUUA